CGUCCACCUCACUUUGUUGCCCAUUUACCUUUUGCCAACAUGUGGAGGGGUCGCAUUAGUUCUAUUGCUCGACAAGCUCAAAAAAAUAUAGCGCUGCGAGCAUUCCCCACAACACCAUGCCAGUCAAUACUAUUACAGGCACCCCUAGUCCAGCGACACGCUCGAUUUCAGAGCACAAGUGCAGAACCCAAACAAGUCGAUAGAGACCUAGAUCCUUCCGACCAUAGAUACAUUGGCAAAGCUCAGAGUCUAUUUAUGACGCACCCAUACAGCCCUGGUUCAGUGUUUAUGUUGCCUCAUGGAACACGAAUUGUUCACAAGUUGCAAGAAUUCUUAAGGUCUGAAUAUAACAAAUUCGGCUACGAGGAAGUCAUGACCCCAUUGCUUUACAAAAAGGCUCUCUGGGAGACGAGUGGUCAUUGGCAAAACUAUAUGGACGAUAUGUACAUGGUGCAUGGCGGUCAAAAGGGGAAUGAAAUUGAUGAAGAAGGUCUGUUUGGUCUCAAGCCUAUGAAUUGUCCUGGUCAUUGCUUGAUCUUUGACAGCACCCCCAAAUCCUAUCGUGACUUGCCUAUUCGGCUCGCCGACUUUAGCCCUUUGCAUCGUAACGAAGCGUCAGGCGCAUUAUCAGGAUUGACUCGAGUUCGAAGAUUCCAUCAAGAUGACGCCCAUAUCUUUUGCACCAAAGAUCAAAUUCUUCCAGAAAUCUCAUCCUGCUUAAAAUUUGUUGAACAAGUGUAUACAGCGUUCCAGUUCCCACAGUAUGACUUUACAUUGUCCACACGACCGAAAGAAGGGUAUAUUGGAUCCCUGGAGGAAUGGGAAAGCGCAGAAAGUGCCUUGCAAAGCGCUUUGGAUGCCACGGGAAAAACAUGGACCAUAAAAGAAGGCGAUGGUGCAUUUUAUGGACCCAAAAUUGAUAUCAUGAUUCGAGAUUCCGCAGGCAGAUCCCAUCAGACAGCCACUAUCCAACUAGACUUUCAAUUACCACAUCGCUUCAACCUUCGCUACUCUGAUGAAAACGACAACAUACAAACACCUGUUAUUGUACAUAGAGCCAUCCUGGGUUCCAUUGAACGCAUGAUGGCCAUUCUGAUAGAACACACAGGUGGCAAAUGGCCCUUCUGGCUGAGUCCUCGACAAGGCAUUGUUAUUCCAGUAGCCACGCAAUUUAUGGACUAUGCUCAGGAAGCAGCUAAAAUCCUAGGUGGCAAAGAGUCUAACAUGCCCCACUAUUAUGUGGAUGCAGACACUUCUCCACGUGACAGACUGAACAAAAUGAUACGACGAGCUCAACUUGAUCAAUACAACUAUAUCUUUGUUGUAGGACAAAAGGAAUUGGAUGAACAGACCGUUAAUGUUCGCACUCGUAAAGGACAAGUGUUAGGAACAAUGUCUUUAGAUAAAGUCAGAGCCAUGUUUGCCGAAGACUCUGACAAAAAACAAUAAAGUGCUGAGUCAUGGACUUCAGGCUUUCCCCGCUCUAACAUUGCCCGUUUCCACGUGUGAUUUCAUAGCUUUUUAUAAACUGGGGAAAUCUGUCAUGUCCAAAAAAUUUAUUUCUUCUUUUCUAUCC